AUGGAAAUACUGAAAAAGCACGAUCAAAGAGCCCCUGAACCCUCUACAGCAAUUAGCAAUGAGCAAUUUCAACCAUAUCUGUCUCAAGAAAACAGAAUUCACACCUUGAAGAAAUCACAAACUUUUCAUUCAGGAGAUUUUUACAAAGUUCGCAAGAGUAAAACCAACAAUUUUUGGAAUUCGACGUUCAUAUUUCACCCAAACCAUGCAUUUAGAGUCAUUUGAGACCUUAUAAUUUUAGCUUGCCUCCUUUAUUUGGUAAUUUCAAUCCCAGUUUUUAUUUUUUUUGUGAUUCAGGUGGAAGGUGAUUGAAUUUAUGUGGAAUUCGUGGUCCAGAUCUUAUUUGUUAUGGAUAUCUUUGUUACGGUCAAUACUGGAUAUUUUUAUAAAGGUGCUUUGGUGAUGAUAAGGACAAUGAUGGCAAAGCAAUACGCUGAAAGGUGACUUUUUCUUGACUUGAUGUCAAGCUUUCCUUGAGUUUGGCUUCUGACUGGUUCUGUUUUUGAGGACCAGCAGAUCUCAUUUAGUGAGACUAAAAACUCGUUCAGCUCAAUUAAACUGUCAAGACUUGUGAGAUUUCUCAAGUUAUUGAAAGUUUUUAAAAUGGAAAAGAUUCUGCUAGAUAUUGACGACUACUUCAAAACCCAGCUCGCUUCAAUAUGAUUCUUAUUUAUUAAACUUUUUUCAAGGGUAAUACUCAUAGCUCACUGAGCAGCUUGUUUAUUUUUUUACGUAUCUUUGACCAACAUGACAAAGCGCAACCAGAAUUGACUGAUAGACUUCCAAGAAGACGUAGAAAGUGGAAUACCCAAGAUGGAAUUUUACGUGACAUCAAUGUAUUGGGCGAUAACAACAAUGGUUUCAGUUGGAUACGGCGAUUUCCAUCCAAUUUCAAUUGUUGAAAAACUGUAUGGAAUUUUCUCAAUGGUGUGCUUGUCAGCGAUGUUUGUCAACAUCAUCGGUAAUCUGUCUUCUUUGAUAUCAGAAGCCAAUGCAAGAGAAGAUAGGUACCGAUUCACAGUACAAGCUGUCAAUCGGUAUAUGAAAAAGAAAAAUCUUCCAUCCGAGAUUCAAUUUCGAGUCAGGAGCUAUCUUGACUACACACAUGAGGUAAAUAAUGACUAUGAUUAUGACGAACAAAAUAUAUUAGACAUUUUUAGUGGCCCUCUUAAGGACGAAAUUUAUCAGCAUCUCCACGGGCAUGUGAUAAAAUCGUGUAUAUUAUUUACGAGUGGUCUUUUUUCAAGAGAAUUAGUGAUCCAUUUGCCAAGGCUUCUAACGUAUCAGGCAUAUGCUGCAGAAGAUCAGAUAUUUGAAGAAGGCGAAACUAGCAGGACUCUCUACUUUAUUAUGUCAGGCGAAGUGGAAGUCUACCAUCCAACUUCCAAAGUUUGUUAUACAAAUUUAGAAGCUGAUGAGUACUUCGGAGAGAUUGGGUUUCUAAUAGGAGCACCGCGCUGUGCUGCUGUGAAGUCGACACGCUUUACUGAAGUAUUUUCGAUGACUUUUUAUCGAUUUUACGACAUUCUCUGCACCAAUCCAGAAGAUGAUAAAUCGCUAAUGAUGAUAGCCAAAAAAUGCUUGACUAUGGACUAUACAUAUAUUCAUAUUUCCUGCUAUUUGUGUAAAAUGAUGGGACAUGUUGCAGCAAGAUGCAAAAACCUGAUUUUUAACUUAGAUCAAGAACACACAAGAAAUAUUUGGCUUGAAGGGAGAAAGAUCAGAGGGAGGAAAAUCCCUUUUCAUCCUGAAAAUCAGCUUGAUAAAAGGGGCCAUAAAGCAAGGCAGGUAUUUGCUGGGUGCUUUAAUGAUAGAGACACAGCGUUUAGUCGAUAUAAAGGUCAUGAAUCUCUUAUGAGGAAAGUAGAAAAUUAUUAUAUUGAAAAUUCGAUGGAAACUGGUGAAUCACCACAUUUAUUUGAUAAAACGAGAAAAGAAGAUAUUAAAAGCAAGAGAAGGUUUUCAGUUAUUUAUCAGAUAACUGAGUCUGACGAAGAAAACAUAGAGGAUACUGUACGACAGCCAAUAUUCGAUAUGUCACUUCUAGGAAACUCUAUAAGGAUUGAUUCAUCAAAAAUUCCAGAAGCUUCGUUAAUUGGUAGCUCAAUCCGAGAUGAUGAUACUAGAAGUGGAUAAUUAAAAUAUGGCGUCUUCGUCUGGGUAUGGCCUCACAGCCAUACAUACUCGACUCAUAUUUUAAUUAUAUCCGGCAAGGUUUUGCCAUUCCAGAAAUGGGCAACAAUGCCACAGUAAGCAAUUCUGCAGAGCAGAGCCUGGCCCAUGCCCAACGACUAGAAUGGAUUUUCUCCCCGAGAGAAAAGGGUGUCUAAGUUUGGAAAGGGUAAGCCCAGCAGAGUCUACAGGCAAUGCCUAGACCAUUCAGGCAACUACCUAGCGUGAAACUGGGCGUUACGUCCCAGGACUUAGAAUUUCCCUUUUUGCCGAAAGGUGACCAGAAAUUCCAUUUUUUGGAAUUUCGGAAAGCCAACUCUCGUAACUCAAGCAGCAGCCGCAGGAUUGCAUAGCCCGCUCACUCAAGACUUAAGCCGCAGCACGCUGCGGGAAGGAGUAGACGUGUUUCCCUUUGCAAGUCUUUAUGGCUUGUUGGGCACACGGCGCAAAGCAGGUGAACCUCACAUUGAGGUCCUUGGUGUCUGCGUAAACAACACGGCAGUCGCCUCAUUAAUGUAAUUUAAGAUUAAGAUACUAGAAGUGAAAUAAAGGAUUAA